GUCAUGGUGCUGUGCUCAAUCUCAAAGGAGAGGUAGAGCUAGAUGCCAUCGUCAUAGACGGCCGUGACCUCUCCUCCGGGGCUGUGUGCGCCGUGCAGGACAUCGCAAACCCUGUACAGCUGGCGCGGCUCGUCAUGGACAAGACUGACCACUGCCUACUUGGUGGAGUUGGAGCCAAUGACUUUGCCAAGGAGCAGGGGUUCGAACGCCUACCGCCUACGGAACUCGUCACCCCCGAGGCAAGGGCAGAGUGGGAAAAAUACAUAAAGUUUACCACAGCCGUGGGUGCUCUCUUCUCUGCGCGCGAUGGAGAUCCCAAGUUGACAGGUUGUGACACCGUGGGAGCUGUUGCCAUGGAUACGUCUGGGAAUCUGGCCAGUGCCACAUCUACAGGAGGCAUCACUGCCAAAAAACCAGGCCGAGUUGGGGACACACCCGUUAUAGGUGCUGGUGCUUUUGCUGACAAUGAUGUUGGGGCAGUCUCGUCAACAGGUCACGGAGAAUCCAUCAUGAAAGUUUGUCUCACUAGACGGAUUGCAGAACUCAUGGAGAGAGGUCUCUCAGCAAAUGAAGCAGCAAAGACUGCCCUUGAGUUUAUGUCAACCCGCGUGGGCGGGGCUGGAGGUGUCAUUGUCAUCAGCAAAAAAGGAGAAGUUUGUCAUAGCUUCACUACUUCCCGUAUGGCCUGGGCCUCCGUCACACAAGGCACACUGAAGUCUGGAAUAGACCCAGGUCAAGAGUUUACAGAGAACCUAAAGAAUUAAAAUUAAAACUAUUACUCCCUCUCCAGUACCGCUUAUCAUUCAUAGGCCUCUAUAGAUAGAUCUGUAUUUUAUUGUUGAGCAAGAGAUUUUCUUAAUUGCUCCUACCAUGUUCAGACUCAGAGACUAUAAUAAAACAUAAUGUCAGUCCAAA